GUGAGAGAGAGAGAAAGAGAAAGAGGGAAAGCGAGCAUAAGUGGGAGGGGUGCUGUCCAGUGGUGUGGUACAGAGAGACAGAGAAUUAGUUUUCUGCAGCUGUUUUGAAGAGAGAGAGGGAACGGAGAAAGCGGGUGAGGGAGGAGAGAGGGGAAAAAGACAGCCAACUCAUCCGACACUGACAGUGUGCCAAAGAAAGGGAAGAAGAGGGAGCAAAAGCACGGUAAAAGGAGUGGAAGAGAGAGGAGAGAACUACGGAAAAAACUGAGCAGGCUUAAGGGGAGAGACAGAAGGGGAGAGAGAGAGGAGGGUGGAGAGAAACUUAACCCAGAAAAGAGGAGCAAGAUAAAAAAAGUGAGGCCACCAGCAGCGGUGAACGAGUGAGAGUGGACAGGAUGUCGACUCUCCCUCCUGAGGUUGCCACUGAAGGUGCCACCAAACAGAGCUUCUGGAUGCCUGGGAACUACCAGCGCACGGUGAAGCGCACGGAGGAUGCCUUCCAGGCGUGUAAUGACAUCGUGCUGUGCUUCCAGGAGAGAGCCCGUGUGGAAAGGCAGUACGCUCAGCAGCUCAGUGAGUGGAGCAACAAGUGGAAGCCCCUAGUGGACUCCAGCCCGCUAUAUGGAUCCCUCCUGACGGCGUGGCAGUGUUUCCUCUCCUCCGCCGACCGUCUCGCCGCCCUGCACUCGUCCGUGUGUCGCUCCCUGGUUUCGGAAGACGGGGACCGCGUCAGGACCUGGCAGAAAGAGAGCUUCCAUAAGAAGCUCUUUGGAGGCUUCAAGGAGUCCCAGGACUUUGGGACUGGCUUCGCACGUGCUCAGAAGCCAUGGGCCAAACGGCUGAAGAAGCUGGACAAAGCCAGGAGUGCAUUCCAUAAAGUGCAGCGUAAGGAGCAGACUGCCAGGGACCGGGAGGUCCACGCCAAGGGAAACCCUGACGUGGCCAUCGAGAAACAGAGGAAGAUUCAGGAGGAAAGAGAGCUGGCUCAACAGGAGACGGAGAAAGUGCGAGCCCGCUAUGAGAAGGUUCUGGAGGAGGUGACCCGCUAUGCCCCUCGCUACAUGGAGGAGAUGGAGUGUAUUUUUGACCAAUCACAGGAGGAGGAGAGGAAGAGGAUCAGCUUCCUCAAACAGGCCUUCCUGUCUGUCCACAGACACCUGGACGUCACCAACAACGAGAGUGUGAAGGCUGUGUAUAAUGAGCUCCACAACACUCUCAUGGCCAUCAAUGAGCAGGACGACCUGCGCUGGUGGAAGAACACCCACGGACCGGGCAUGCCCACCGACUGGCCUCAGUUCCAGGAGUGGACGCCAGAAAAGAAAAGCAAAAAAGGGAAGAAAGAGAAAGAGGUAGCGUCACAGCAAGGCACCAUAGAGAGGAGUGUAAUGAUUGGAGGAGUUAAGGUCAGGGCUCUCUAUGACUAUGACGGACAGGAGACAGAUGAGCUCUCCUUUAAAGCAGGUGAGGAGUUUCUGAAGACUGAGGAUGAGGAUGACCAGGGCUGGUGUAGAGGGAUGAAGGAUGGAGGGAGAGAGGGACUCUACCCAGCCAACUAUGUAGAGACGGUGUAGUUACACCACUAUGUUUGUAAAAAGAAAUAGAUAGAAUGAAAGUGACUCAUUUUGAUAAGA